UUUUUUGAUUUCUCAUAAACAAAAACAAAAACCAAAAUAUUUCUCUUACAUUUCUUUAUAUGUUGUCCAUCAUUGUAGUUUCUUUUUUCACUAAACAAAAGUUUCUUUCUUUAGCUUUACCUCUACUUACCCAUCACCAGCCACUUCAAAACUCUCGUUAAUUCUUCCAUUUUUUCAUGUUAACUUAUAGAUAUUUCAACAACUAGUACAGUUUUUCAGGCCAAAAAUGUGGGACUUGAAUGGCUCGCCUGAUCGGAGAAGAGACGACGAAGAAUCAGAAGGCUGUUCGUCGCAGAAGACUUCAUUAGACGGUGAAGAUGACAAGGGUAAACGGGUCGGAUCUGUUUCGAAUUCAAGCUCUUCUGCUGUUGUAAUUGAAGAUGGAUCCGAAGAAGAAGACGAUGGAUUUAAAAUCAAGAAACGUAGUAGUAAAAUAUUUGGAUUUUCCGUUAAUCAUCAGAAUGAUCAAGAUUUCAUGGAGAGUGAUGACCCGCCUGUCACUCGACAGUUCUUUCCACUUGAGGAUCAAGAAAUGACGGCGGUGUCCGGUGGCGCCGGAGGCGCAGGUGGGUUUCCAAGGGCUCACUGGGUUGGUGUUAAGUUUUGCCAAUCUGAGUCGUCGGUUGCCUCUCAAAAAUCUAGUGAGGUUUCACAGCCUUUAAAGAAAAGCCGGCGAGGACCCAGGUCAAGAAGCUCACAGUAUCGUGGGGUUACAUACUACCGGAGAACCGGCCGGUGGGAGUCUCAUAUAUGGGAUUGUGGGAAGCAAGUUUAUCUAGGUGGAUUUGACACUGCACAUGCAGCUGCUCGUGCAUAUGAUAGGGCAGCCAUCAAAUUUAGAGGAGUGGAGGCUGAUAUAAAUUUCAACAUUGAAGAUUAUGAAGAUGAUCUAAAACAGAUGAGCAACUUGACUAAAGAAGAAUUUGUGCAUGUACUUCGCCGACAAAGCACUGGUUUUCCUAGAGGUAGCUCUAAAUAUAGAGGUGUUACUUUGCACAAAUGUGGACGAUGGGAAUCUCGAAUGGGCCAGUUUUUAGGCAAAAAGUAUGUUUAUUUGGGGUUGUUUGAUACUGAGGUUGAAGCCGCAAGGGCUUAUGAUAAAGCGGCAAUUAAAUGUAACGGAAAAGAGGCCGUCACCAAUUUUGAUCCGAGCAUAUAUGAGAAUGAGCUUAAUACUUCCGAAUCUUCAGUCCAGGCUGCAGAUCAUAAUCUUGAUUUGAGUUUAGGCAAUUCCGGUCCGAAACAAAAUAGUGCAGGAUUGAUGCAAAAUGCUGGAGUGGAUCAGCAUUCAGCAUCAAUGCCGUUCGAAGCUGACUGGCGAAAUCGAGGAAUUAGGCCUAAGCUUAACCUGUAUAGAAGUAAUGACAGUGAUGAGCACAGAAGAGAAGCAUACAGUGAAACUGAAACAAUGCAGCUUCUGAGUCAAACUCGCAUUAACUCGCCCGGCAGCAGCGAAGCACAAAGAUAUGGGCAACUGAGGAGAGCUGCAGAGCCUCAGGUGUUUCAUGGGUUUUCACCAAAUUAUCAUCAAAUUCAGUUUCCGAGCAGCAGCAACGGAGGCCGAAUCGGCAGUGAUCUUUCGCUAUCAUCUAGCGAUCACCAGCGGCAUUGGCAAUCUGGACUUCCUCCCCCGCUUCCUCCGCCACAGCAUCAUCAUCAUCAUCAUCAGUUGGUUGCAAAUGCUGCAGCAUCAUCAGGAUUCCCUCAGCAAAUUAGGACUCCUCAAAACUGGCUGCAGAAAAAUGGGUUCCACUCUCUCUUGAGACCAUCUUAAUGAAGUAGCCAUAAAAUGAAUGUCCCCCUCAAAUUAUAAUAUAGUAUAUAUUUUUGCUUAUCUCUUGAUCACCAUGGCAAUUAAUUUUGGCAAAUUCUAAGCAAAAUAUGUAAACAACAAUGAGCUAUAUUUUUUUGGUCACCAGUCAAAGUUACUAACAAAGGGAUCAAAUCAUUCAACUA